GCCCCCCUUACUUGCAUCCUUGUCUGAAAAAACGAGCAAUAAGCGUGCGUUCCUACCUGUUUAGCAUUCUUUCUCCUCUAUAGGAGAGGCAUUCCCUUCGUUGGAGUGCGCUUCUGCUGAGUGUUUCCUUCGUUUUCUAGGCUUUCCUCUCUCUCUCUCUCUCUCUCUCUAUCGGCUUUCUCUCGGUGGCUUAAGGACCUAGCUAGAUACCGAUAUUUUUUCUCAUUUCUUAAUAAUUUUUGGUGGGUUCAAAAUUCAAUUCUCAUUCAACGGUUAGGUGAGAGAAUAUUAAGGAUAACAUCAGUAAAGCAAUUGGGGUUGAUUCUUACUUCAGGGAAGUCUCAUGACACUGGAAGUGUCCCGUAUAAAAGCGUAAGCUUUCCAAGAUAUUUUAAACCCAAAGUUAUCAGGUGCACAUCAUCAACAAUGACUGUCACACCAAGAAUUUCUAUCAACGAUGGGAACCUUAUGGUUCAUGGGAAGACCAUCCUCACUGGAGUGCCAGACAACAUCAUUUUGACUCCAGGAUCUGUUGUUGGGCUUGUUACUGGUACUUUUGUUGGUGCGACUGCUUCUGAUAGCAAAAGCCUUCAUGUCUUUCCUAUAGGUGUUUUAGAAGGUCUCCGAUUUAUGUGCUGUUUCCGAUUCAAACUAUGGUGGAUGACUCAGAGAAUGGGAACAUGUGGGAAAGAUGUCCCUUUGGAGACUCAAUUCAUGCUCAUAGAGAGCAAGGAAGAAGAUGAUCCUAGUGCCCCAACAAUCUACACUGUUUUCCUCCCACUCCUUGAAGGCCAAUUCCGUGCUGUUCUGCAAGGCAAUGACAAGAAUGAGAUUGAGAUAUGCCUUGAGAGUGGAGAUAACACUGUUGAAACAGACCGAGGCCUUUACCUUGUCUACAUGCAUGCUGGGACCAAUCCGUUUGAAGUUAUCAACCAGGCUGUAAAGGCGGUGGAGAAACACAUGCAAACUUUCCUUCUCCGAGAGAAGAAGAAGUUGCCUUCAUUUCUUGAUUGGUUUGGCUGGUGCACAUGGGAUGCUUUCUACACUGAUGUUACUGCCGAGGGUGUUGAGGAAGGCCUCAAAAGUCUAUCUGAGGGAGGGACUCCACCUCGAUUUUUGAUCAUAGAUGAUGGCUGGCAGCAGAUUGAAACUAAGCCCAAGGAGAGUGAUAGUGUUGUACAAGAAGGGGCACAGUUUGCGAGUAGGUUGACAGGGAUUAGAGAGAAUUCAAAAUUCCAAAGGAAUGGUCAAAACAAUGAACAGAUCUCGGGCCUAAAACAUGUUGUACAAGAAGCCAAGCAGUAUCAUAAUGUGAAGUAUGUAUAUGUUUGGCAUGCUUUGGCUGGUUAUUGGGGUGGAGUCAAACCUGCAGCUGCUGGUAUGGAACAUUAUGAUACAGCAUUGGCAUAUCCUGUUCAGUCCCCAGGUGUCUUGGGCAACCAGCCGGACAUAGUUAUGGACAGCCUUGCUUUUCAUGGCCUGGGUUUGGUGCAUCCUAAGAAAGUUUUCAACUUCUACAAUGAGCUUCAUGCCUAUCUGGCUUCAUGUGGAGUUGAUGGAGUGAAGGUUGACGUGCAAAACAUUAUUGAGACCCUUGGUGCUGGGCAUGGUGGUAGAGUAUCUCUUACCCGCAGUUAUAUACAGGCCCUUGAAGCCUCAAUUGCCCGAAACUUCCCUGACAAUGGAUGCAUAGCAUGUAUGUGUCAUAACACUGAUGGAAUCUACAGCACCAAGCAGACUGCUGUUGUUAGAGCUUCUGAUGACUUUUAUCCUAGGGACCCUGCCUCUCACACUAUCCACAUUUCCUCAGUGGCUUACAACACUCUUUUCCUUGGAGAAUUUAUGCAACCUGACUGGGAUAUGUUCCAAAGCUUACACCCAGCUGCAGAAUACCAUGCUGCUGCUCGUGCAAUUGGUGGAUGUGCUAUCUAUGUCAGCGAUAAGCCUGGCAACCACAACUUUGAGCUCUUGAAGAAGCUGGUCCUACCUGAUGGAUCAGUUCUCCGCACCCAAUUGCCUGGCAGGCCUACUCUUGACUGUCUGUUUGCUGAUCCAGCUAGAGAUGGGAUUAGCUUGCUCAAGAUAUGGAAUGUGAACAUAUGCUCUGGUGUGGUGGGUGUUUUUAACUGCCAAGGUGCUGGUUGGUGCAAGAUCACCAAGAAAACCCGGAUUCAUGAUGUAUCACCUGGUACCCUUACUGGUUCUGUUUGUGCCAGUGAUGUUGAUUCAAUCACUCAGGUUGCUGGUGCAGACUGGAACGGUGAGACUGUGGUUUAUGCUCAUAUAUCAGGGGAGGUUGUACGGUUACCUAAAGGUGCUUCGGUGCCAGUAACACUUAAGGUUCUUGAGUAUGAACUAUUCCACUUCUGUCCAGUCAAGGAGAUUACUGCAAACAUUUCAUUUGCACCAAUAGGCCUGCUUGACAUGUUCAAUAGCAGUGGUGCUGUGGAGCAGCUCGAAGUACACAUGACAUCUGAUGAGAAGCCAGAGCUCUUUGAUGGUGAGGUUUCCUCGGAGUGGACAACUUCACUCAGCGACAACCGGAGUCCAACUGCAACAAUCACCCUUAAAGUUAGGGGUUGUGGAAGGUUUGGUGCUUACUCUUCUCAACGUCCAUUGAAGUGCACUGUGGGCAAUGCUGAGACUCACUUCAACUAUGACUUAGCGAACGGAUUGGUGACACUUACUCUGCCAGUUCCACAGCAGGAGAUGUACCGAUGGCCCAUAGAAAUUAAAGUCUAAGUAGCAUCAAAUGUCAUCAUUUGUACGGGACUGAGGGGGGAUUUCAUGACUGUAUAGCCGUAGUGAUGUGUAUUAUGUGGGGAAAUGGGGAGUGAGAGAGGCCCUCACAUAUAAUAGGCCGUUAGGGGUGUACCGUGUUGUGGCCACUUUCUCUAAUAAAGUUGCCUAUUUUUCAAAAAAUCGUUGUGUUUCUUGUCCAUAUUUCAGAAGCUGAAUUAUAGGCUUCUAUUGCCCAAAUUGUCGAAUUUAGGGAACUCGAAAUACUUUUGGAGCUUCCAACCAAUUAAGUUUCAAGCAACCGAAAUAUUAUGCAAUGACUUUCAUUUUGUGUCCUUCAGAAUGAAAACGAGGUUGUAAUUUGAGGGAAGAUAUGGUCCAACAUUCCCUCUGUUAUCAUACAGUAUCGGGCUCCUGAGGGUGCAAAAUUACUUUUCCUUGACAGAUGAUUAUUAGUUUCUAGGUAAACCCUUUCUGAGAUUCAGUGAGUAUAUAUCAGACCCCUUCUCAUACCAUCU